AGAGAAAAAGGGGCUAACUGGUAGUGAGGAGCUGCUUGUCUCCUGUCAUCUCUCUUCUCUCUUCUCUCAAAUGUCGACGAAACCCUAGUUGUUAUCUCCGUCUCUCCACACACACACACACACACACACAGAGUAUUUAUGUCCAAUUUUAUGGAGUUUUGAGCUUUGCUUCAUUGAUGUAUAACUGAUAAUUGGUUCAUAAAUAUAUAUAUAUACACACACACGUAUAGGUUUGAGGUGACGGAAGAGAGAAAUGUAUAGAGAUCGAGGUGGUGGUUCAUCGAGGUCGGAGAUCGCGGGAGGACCGUUGGAUCGGAAACGAAUAAACGAUGUGUUGGAUAAGCACUUGGAAAAAUCAUCACCUUCCACAUCUAGAGCCUCCUUGAAGGAUAAGGCGGUUCCUUCUACCUCUAAAUUGCAUCAUCAUCCUCAGCAUCUAGAUAACACGAAGAACAAGUGCUCUGAUGAUGAAUCUGAAACAGACAGUGAAGAGUCUGAUGUUAGUGGUUCUGAUGGGGAAGAUACAUCAUGGAUUUCUUGGUUUUGUAACCUGCGUGGAAAUGAGUUCUUCUGUGAAGUUGAUGAUGAAUACAUUCAAGAUGAUUUUAAUCUCUGUGGAUUGAGCAGUCAAGUGCCAUAUUAUGACUAUGCACUUGACCUUAUCCUUGAUGUUGAAUCCUCUCAUGGUGAUAUGUUCACCGAGGAGCAGAAUGAAUUGGUUGAGUCAGCGGCAGAGAUGUUGUAUGGUUUGAUCCAUGUCCGGUACAUUUUGACUAGCAAGGGAAUGACUGCAAUGUUAGAGAAGUACAAGAACUACGACUUUGGGAGAUGUCCACGAGUUUAUUGCUGUGGACAGCCUUGCCUUCCAGUUGGUCAGUCCGAUAUUCCACGUUCAAGUACAGUAAAAAUAUACUGUCCCAAAUGUGAGGAUAUCUAUUACCCCCGAUCGAAGUACCAAGGCAAUAUCGAUGGAGCUUACUUUGGAACAACGUUUCCACACCUCUUUUUGAUGACUUAUGGACACCUCAAGCCACAAAAACCAACACAGAAUUAUGUUCCCAGGGUAUUUGGUUUCAAGCUCCACAAAACUUGACAGCGAAGUCCGUUGUGAUAUUGUGAAGAUAUUACAUCUUUCUGCCACUAAUGGUUCUUACCUGGCUAUUAUGUACAAUUCAUCGUGGUAGAGCCCAGG